AUGGCGGCGGCGGCGAGCCGCCAGGGUCCAUGGGGAGGUUUGCUGUGCGGCCUGGCGCUGGUCCUGAUCUGCGUCAUGGCGUUCUCGAUCCGCCUCUUCUCGGUGAUCAAGUAUGAGAGCGUCAUUCACGAGUUCGACCCCUACUUCAACUACCGCGUCACCCAGUUUCUCUCAAAGGAGGGGUUCUAUAACUUUUGGAACUGGUUUGAUGACCGCACGUGGUACCCUCUGGGGCGAGUUAUCGGUGGGACAGUGUACCCGGGUCUCACUCUCACGGCUGGCACCAUGUGGUGGCUCGCCAACGCUCUCAACUUCCCCUUCUCAGUGGAGACAGUGUGUGUGUUCACGGCGCCAGUGUUCUCAGCGCAUGCGGCAUGGGCCACCUUCCUCUUGGCCAAGGAGGUAAUGAGCACGAGUUUUCUCAGCGCAUGCGACGUGGGCCACCUUCCUGCUCGCCAAGGAGGUCUGGGGCACGGGGGUGGGGCUGACUGCUGCUGCUCUUAUCGCCAUGCGCAUGCGGCGUGGGCCACCUUCCUGCUGGCCAAGGAGGUCCGGGGCACGGGGGCUGGCCUCACUGCUGCCGCGCUCAUUGCCAUGGUCCCGUCGUACAUUUCUCGAUCCGUGACUGGCAGCUACGACAAUGAGGGGGUGGCUAUCUUUGCUCUUGUCUUCACCGCUCUGCGCUCCUUUGCACCAUUCCUCACCUGCUCGUUGCAGGUCCCAUCGUACAUCUCUCGCUCCGUGGCUGGCAGCUACGACAAUGAGGGGGUUGCCAUCUUUGCCCUCGUCUUCACCUUCUACCUCUACAUCAAGACCCUCAACACGGGAUCACUGUUUUAUGCCACAGCCAACGCAGCGGCCUAUUUCUACAUGGUCAUGUCGUGGGGCGGCUACACCUUCAUCAUCAACCUCAUCCCCAUCCACGUGCUGCUCUGCAUCGUCACUGGCCGCUUCUCCUCGCGGCUCUACAUCGCAUUUGCCCCUCUGAUAAUUCUCGGCACGUUGCUGGCAGCGCUGGUGCCAGUGGUGGGCUUUAACGCUGUCAUGACGUCUGAGCACUUCGGAGGGUUCCUGGUGUUUGUGGUGCUGCACAUCGCUGCACUCAGCUACUACAUCAAGGCACUGCUGCCCGCUAAGGCGUUCCGCAUUGCUCUUACUCUCAUCGUCUCAGUCGGCACAGUGGCGGCAGUGGCGCUGCUCUCUGCUCUCGUCGCCAUGGUGCUCGCCAGCCCCACGCUGGGCUGGACUGGUCGCUCCCUCAGCCUUCUCGACCCGUGA